AUGUCAAAGAUUGAAGAGAUCGACACACGUGUUAAAGUAUACUUAUACGAUAUUGGCUAUCAUAGAUGGUCUCGAGUACAUGCUACGGUGAGCAGAACUUGGACUAUGACAUCAAACAUUGCAGAGUCAUUGAAUGCGGUAACAAAAGAUGCAAGAGAACUGCCGAUAGUAGAACUAUUAGAGUACAUGAUGACUCUUCUUGAACACUUGACUAAUGAAAAGUUAUUGAAAGCAAAGGGUACAUUCACAUACCUUGGGUUUAAACUCAACAAAGAGUUGGAGGACAACAGAACAUUGUCGCAGAAUCUUAAACUUGAUGAACUUCCUUGUCCACAUGCUUUGGCUGCUUUAAGGCACAGGGAUGAGUCUUAUGAAAAAUAUUUUUCUCCUUAUUACACGAGGGAGAACCUCUUGCAUAUUUAUGAAAUACCAGUAGACCCGUUGCUUGAUGAAAGCAAAUGGAAUGUGCCACAACAUAUAGCUGAAGAAGUUGUAAAUCCACCUACCGAGAAAAGACAGCCAGGGAGACCUCAAAAACAAAGAUACAAAACACAUGAUGAAGUAAAGGCAAAGAAGUACAAGGUUUCAUGUGGCAACUGUGGAAUAAAAGGGCAUAACAAAAGAUCUUGCAAGAAUGCUCCCAAGAAGAAAUAA